AUGGCUAAGUUUUUCGUGUUGCUGUCGGCUCUGCUGUCCCUCGGGGCUGCGAGCCCAAUAACCGUGCCGUCCCAGUCGGACAACUUUCAUCACAGCCAACAACUUCUCGUCCCCAUCUUCCGGCAGCAGAUCGAGCACUUUUUGCAGCAGCGGCUCGCCGAUCGCUCUGAUCCGCAUCACAAUCAUCAGAAGCGCCAGCACCAGCUGCAACACUUCGAAUCGGACUACAGUAACACGUACGAGGCGACCAACAGCAUCAACCCGGAAGCCGAGGCGUCCAGCCAGGAGCAGCAGCAGCAACAGGGUUCCCACCAAUUUAUAAACCAACAGCACCAGCCGCAUGACUAUUCGGCCUUUACGAAUUUCCAUAGCGAGAACCAGCAGAACCAGGACCAACAAGAUCUCGACGUUGGUGGCAACAACGAGGCGGAGCUGGGUGAUUUUGGGGGUAGGCACGGCUUACUCGCCAACAGACCGCACUACGUGCAGAGCGAGCCCGUGUCCAAGCACGUACAAGUUUCAAACCCGGUGGUCGUGCCAGUUUACAAGAAAAUCGGAGUCCCAGUGUUUCACCCUGUGAGGAUCCCAGUAUUUCGCCCAGUAACCGUUGGUGUACCUCAGCCUUAUCCAAUUUUAGUUCCAAUGAUUCAUCCAGUCCCUUACGAGGUAAUCAAAACAAUUGUGAAGACCGUUGAAAAAAAAGUUCCAACGCCAAUAGAGAAGAUUAUCCCCGUUGCAUCUGAGAAACCAGUUCCAUUUGAAGUGAUCAAACAUGUACCUAUGUUUUACGAGCAGAAAAUUCCUAUUAAGAUUCCAGUUUAUAAAACAAUUCAUCAUAAAAUAAUUGAUUCAAGAAAAUAA